AUGGCCAGCCUCAGAACGGUGAGCAGGGCGGCGCUGCUGCUGAGCCGCCCUGCCGCGGGCCGUCAGCUUGGAAAAACGGCCAUGUGCGGUGCGCGGUGGCACUCGUCCAAGCACCCCGAGGGCUUCGUGCCGCCGACGGGCGAGGAGCUGGAGGAGCUGCGGGAGCGGGUACAAGAAUUUACGCGGCGCGAGAUAUCGGCCGAGGUGGCGGCGCUGACGGACAAGAGCAACGCGUUCCCCGACGACAUGUGGUCCAAGCUGGGCGAGGCGGGCUUCCUGGGCAUGACGGCGGACGAGGAGGUGGGCGGGCUGGGGAUGGGGUACCAGGCGCACUGCGUCGUCAUGGAGGAGCUGUCGCGGGCGUCCGGGUCCAUCGGGCUCAGCUACGCGGCGCACUCGCAGCUGUGCGUCAACCAGCUCCAGCUCAACGGCACGGCGGAGCAGAAGCGCAGGUGGCUGCCGGGCCUCGUGGCGGGGACGAGCGUCGGGGCGCUGGCCAUGUCCGAGUCCGGGGCGGGCAGCGACGUGGUGAGCAUGCGGACGACGGCGACGGCCGUCGACGGGGGCUACGUGCUCGACGGCAGCAAGAUGUGGAUCACCAACGGGCCCGACGCCGACGUCAUGGUCGUCUACGCCAAGACGCAGCCCGAGGCGGGCUCGCGCGGCAUCACGGCGUUUGUGGUGGAGACGAAGACGGCGCGGGGCUUCUCGUGCGCGCGCAAGCUCGACAAGAUGGGCAUGCGCGGCAGCAACACGGGCGAGCUGGCGUUUGACGGCGUCUUCGUGCCGAGCGAGCACGUGCUGGGCCGGGUCGACGGCGGCGUGCGGGUGCUCAUGGAAGGGCUGGACCUGGAGCGGCUGGUGCUGUCGUCGGGCCCGCUGGGCCUGAUGCAGGCGUCGCUCGACGUGGCGGCGCCGUUUGCGCACCAGCGGCGGCAGUUUGGCGCGCCCAUUGCGCACCAGCAGCUGGUGCAGGGCAAGCUGGCCGACAUGUACACCAAGCUGCAGGCGUCGCGGGCCUACACGUACGCGACGGCGCGCCGCGUCGACGAGCAGGGCCUGCUGCUGGGGGGGAUGGGCUACGUCGAGGAGAUGCCGGCGUCGCGGCUGUUGCGCGAUGCCAAGCUGUACGAGAUUGGGGCCGGGACGUCGGAGAUCAGGCGCAUGGUCAUUGGCCGGGCUUUUAACAAGGAGUAUGCGGAUGCGUAG